CGCAAAAUGUCACGUGACCCGUUUGGGCCUAAAGCACUGGGCAUGAGUGUGUUGACAAAACAACGUUACACGCUGUGCCUUCCUGUCCCUCCCGUCAUCAUUCUCUCCACACAUUUAAAUCACUGGUCUUUCUAUUUUUGGCUUCCUGAACCUCCUGCAGCCGGCAUCAGCCGACCAGGUCCGUCUCGCCCGGGUUACCCAACGUCGUGGUUAUUUCAGUCAUGGCCACGGGUCCUGGAUCCCCGAGUCGUGGCAACCUGAACCCAGAGGGGCUCGUGAGAGAGAUCGAGAGCAACCUGCUGGAGUGCAAAGUCUGCUUCGAGAAGUUCAGCACUGAGAAGAGGGAACGCAAACCACAGAACCUCCCCUGUGGCCAUGUCCUCUGCCUGGAAUGCAUCGGGGCUCUGUCCCACCCUCUCCUGAGGAAGCUGGAGUGCCCGUUCUGUCGUCAGCUGUGCAGUGUUGACAGCACCUCCCACUGCCAGGCCCUCAGUGACCUGCAGGAGCUGCUGUUGAACCGGACUCCCCCUUCCUCUGCUCCUCCUCACGGUGCAAGCACAGGCCCGGGCCCGGCCCAGGGGCUGACACCACUGCAGCUCUGUGCCGCCUUCGGAGGCUGGGGGACUCUUAUCAAUCCCACUGGCAUAGCUGUUUUGGGGUCGUCAGGAACGCUGGUGGUGGUGCAUGACGGAGAAGAGAGGGUGGCGGUGUUCAGUCCACAGGGCAGGAAGCUGCCCGGUUUCGGGAGGAGAGGGCGAGGCGGUGGGGAGAUCUGUUUCCCAGCGGAUGUGGCGGUGACUCGCUGUGGUCACGUGGCGGUCACGGACGCAGGGGACAAAGCUGUGAAGGUUUUCACCGCCGGGGGUAACCAUGUUUUGACAGUGAAAGAUUCCCUCCGGAUGCCCUGGGGCGUGGACACGAGCAGACGUGGGCACCUCCUGGUCUCAGACGUCCAGGUCGGCACGCUGACCGAGGUCAGGUUGGACUGUGCCCACGGUCUCGCUCUUGAGCAUCGAGCAGUCAUUACAGACCUGCAGCAUCCAAAAGCGGUGGCCUGCUGUCAUGUGACUGGGAACACUGCAGUGAUGGAGCAUUUGCCCGAUGAGACACGUUCCCCGGGGGGGCAGCAACGCACGAGGCUCAGAGUGUUUACGGAAGACUUCCACCUCCUUUACCAGACUGACAGUUUCAGCCUGAGCCUUCUGAACUCCGUGAGGCUCAACAUGUCAGGCGUGGCCUUUGACACAGAUGGAGACGUGAUCGUGACUGACUCCAACCAGGGGAUGAUUUGGAGUUUGAGGAGGCUCCAGAAUGGCCCUGCCCUGACGCCACUUGUGGGAGACCACCUCGUCCACCCAGCUGGGCUCGUGUUACUUAACAACACCAUCGUCAUCCUGGACAGUGGAGACCACACGGUGAAGGUGUAUUCCGCUAAAUCGGAUGCUGCGCCCAGGAUAUAGCUCACUCGUGAAGAACUGAUGUGACAUGUAGCUUAUCACAAAAUUUCCUAAAAUGAUGAGGUGAUCUCACUGUGAUAAUUCAGUAAAUAUUUAGACAGAUUGACGUUAAAAUAAAUAAAUAAAUAAAUACUGUAUUAGCUAUAAACAUUGGCAAUUUUUUGACAUUGAUUUAAUGAUUGAAUUAAGGGUUACUGUUUAAGGGUUACUGUUUUAUAUUAAAACAUAUAGCAGAACAUUUUCACCUUUUUGAGCUUAACAAUCCUUAAUAUGAAACCAUCUUUGUUAGAAUCGCUCAUGAUUAAUGUCCACAUGGCCAUAAACCUGUGAUGAGAGGUUGAAUAAAAUUGAAAGUUAUUUUAGAAUCCAAAUUAAAAAUUAGGAAACUACUGUUUGCUGCAACUGCACACAUUUACACAUCUUUGAUUUAUUUUGUUUAAAUUAAUUUAAUUUGUUUAAGGGGAGGGGAGGAGGGGUGGUGA